AUGUCUUCUGUUAAGAGAUUCGCCGCUUCAGCUCGAGCCCACGAUGUCCUCCAGACUCUCAAGGCAGAUGGAAUUGUCGUUGUUGAAGGUGCAGCCAAGACCGCAACAUUAGACUCCGUUCUCCAAGAGAUAGGACCGCUGGCUGAUGGUCAAACCUUUGGUCUGAUCGGCAAGAGUCGAACCUUUGCCACCGAUCUUUUGAUCAAUGACCUCUUCAUCGACCUCACGAAACGCCUUCUCACUGAUACCUGCACAAUUUACUAUUCUGAAGAGAGAACCGUUUCUACUGCCGAGCCUCAAGUAUCUUUUACAUCCGCCUUGUUCUCUAAGCCAGGAUCUUCUGGCUGGGGCCUUCGUCGUCAGGACGAUUGCCAUCACACCAUCCAUCCCGCCAAACGCGAAACCGAUUUUGGUAUCGCUUAUGCAGCGACUGACAUCACCAAAGAUAACGGUGCUAUUCGAGCUGUUAUCGGCUCCAAUAUGUGGAAGGACACUCGAGAUCCCACUCCUGCUGAUGAGACUCAAAUCGAGUUGAAGAAAGGGGAUGCUGUUCUUUGUCUAGGGUCUGUCUUCUACGGCCAGAAGCCGAACACUACGAACGAGGCUAGUUUGUUGCUCAGCGCUUUCACGACACCAGGAUGGUGCCGCCAAGAAGAGAAUCAGUAUUUGGCCAUACCAUAUGAGAUUGUCGAAACGCUCCCUAAGGAUAUUCAGCGCUUUCUGGGAUACUAUGUCAGUCUCCCUUAUGGAGGUGCAGUAGAACAUAUGGAGCCACUUGACUUCCUCGCAGCUAAGGGUGAUUGGACUAAGUAUAUACCCGUGGAUUUAGUUUGA